CGCUUUCUACUGGAACGUGCUGCACCCUUCUCUGCUUUUUUGACAGACAGCUUUGGGCGUCAGCACAACUACUUGCGAAUUUCUUUGACCGAGAAAUGCAACCUCAGGUGUCAGUAUUGUAUGCCAGAGGAAGGCGUUCAGCUGACCCCUAAGUCAGAGCUACUCACUGCUCAGGAGAUAAUCACACUAGCCAGGCUGUUUGUGAAAGAAGGUGUAGAAAAGAUCCGACUGACAGGAGGAGAGCCACUUAUCCGACCUGAUGUGGUCGAUAUUGUGGGACAACUGUACAAGCUGGAAGGGCUGAAAACCAUUGCUGUCACAACCAACGGGAUCAACUUAGUCAGACUGCUGCCCAGACUGAAGGAGGCAGGACUGAAUGCCAUUAACAUUAGCCUGGAUACUUUGGUCCCAGCUAAAUUUGAGUUCAUUGUCCGGAGGAAAGGCUUUCACAAGGUAAUGGAAGGAAUCCACAAAGCCACUGAACUCGGCUACCGCCCUGUUAAGGUAAACUGUGUGGUGAUGCGAGGCUUCAAUGAGGAUGAACUGCUGGGCUUUGUGGAUUUCACAAAGGAUCUGCCCCUUGAUGUGCGGUUCAUUGAAUACAUGCCCUUUGAUGGCAAUAAAUGGAACUUCAAGAAGAUGGUGAGCUACAAAGAAAUGCUUGAUACAAUUAAACAGCAAUGGCCUGAACUGGAGAAAUUGCCCUGUGAAACUUCCAGCACAGCCAAGAGUUAUAAGGUGCCACAUUUCCAGGGACAAAUCAGCUUUAUCACCUCCAUGUCGGAGCACUUCUGCGGAUCCUGCAAUCGGCUGAGGAUAACAGCAGAUGGGAACCUAAAGGUGUGCCUUUUUGGGAAUUCAGAAGUGUCCUUGAGAGAUCACCUGCGGUCAGGUGCCUCAGAGGAAGAGUUGGUUCAAAUCAUUGGAGCAGCAGUGAGCAGAAAAAAGAAACAGCAUGCUGGCAUGUUUAACAUUUCCCAGAUGAAAAACCGUCCAAUGAUCCUGAUCGGUGGGUGACAAAUCAAUCCUGAAUUGAUGCCAUUCCCACUAUACCAGGAUGCCCUACAGAAUCCCCCAAAUUCAAAAUGGUGGGGCCACACAUUUAGCCAUUGGCUGACUUUGAGAGUAAGUUUACCCAAAGAAAUGGGAAAAGCAUUAAUGAAAAAUAAGCUUACAGAACAACUUUUCCUGCCAGCAUCUCACCCAGAGCAACAGUGGCACUUAACAGCAGGAAUUCUGCAAACCCAGCUCCGAGGCUGCUGUGUCUUCCAGAAGGACUCAAGCUCCACGUUUGACACAAAGUGCCUUGAGGCUUCUCCUGUUGGCCAACUUUCUGUGGGCUGUCUGUCCAAAGAGGCAAGUCCAGGAUCUGAAUUCUGUACCGGAGAUUUGGGAUCUCGCACCAAGGUACCUCGUGCCUCUGACAGCUUGACUCACACCGAUGAGGAAGGACGGGCCGCGAUGGUUGAUGUUGGAGGGAAGCCAGAUUCAAGAAGGAGCGCUGU